CUUUCAUUCGAGCUCCCCUAGCUAGUGCAAAUCUCGGCGGAUGAAUGUUUUCUUAAGGGAUUCUUCCCGAAAGCGACGCGAAAAUCUGAGAGGAGUCGACCAAGCUGAAAAUUCGUGAGUGAAAUUAUUUACUGUAAAAUUUAUACUACAUUUCGUUGUUUGGAUUCCCAAAGUUCAUAGGAUUUGAUUUCGGAAAUUAAAAAGAAAGACUAAACUUGUGUUCAAGGCGUUCCUGGGGGGUGAUGGCACUCACGCCGACAGCGUCUCCCACAAAGAUUUCACCAUUUUUCUAUUGACAAAAAAAUCUUAUACAUCUCCACGUACAUUCGAUAUUUUUUGGUUAACCUGUCGGCUAGUACGCUUUGAGCACGUGAUUACGAUAAACGCCGCAUAACUAAAGUUUGUAUUUGAACAUUUUUUCCGAGGAAUUCAUUUAUGUGCUUCCAACGACAGAUUUGUUUUGUUGCACAUUCGUUCUCGGCUAGUGCCAUGGAUUUUCUUUAAAGGCUUCUCGAUGUUGAUUUUCUCCUUUAUAAUUGCGCUAAGCUACAAUAAAAUUACCAAUUUGAAUAUUGGAUCGCAGCUGCAGAAUAAUGGAAAGUGGAAGCAACCUGCCUACGCCGGGUAAUUAUCCUGGUGGGGAUCGUCAACAGUUUUGCGUUUCAUGGAACUCUCAUCAAUCAAAUAUGCACAGUGCAUUUCCAAAACUUUUAAGUUCUGAACAAUUUGUUGAUGUCACUUUAGCCUGUGAUGGAGGCUCAAUAAAGUGUCACAAAGUGGUAUUAUCCGCUUGUAGUGAUUAUUUGGAACGUUUACUGUUAGAAAUACCUUGCACUCAUCCUAUUAUAUUUUUGAGAGAUAUGAGAAUGUGGGAACUUCAAGCAUUAGUGGAGUUUAUGUAUCGUGGUGAAGUAUAUGUGGAACAACAACAACUUGGUAAAUUAAUGCAAGCUGCUGAAGUUUUGCAGGUUCGUGGUUUAUUUACUCAAGGAUCAAGUGAUAAUUCUUCGAGUGAAAGUGGUUCACAACAAUGCGAUUCUAAUGCUACUGUUGCACCUACGAUCGCACAACAGGAUGGAUCUGACUAUAAAUCUGAGGAAACUCCAUCUGAGGAUGGAACUUCGAAUACUAAUUUUCUAGAGAAUACAUCGAUUGCUGCAUCUAGUACAGCAAAUGCUCCAUCACACAGUACUACACCAAUUCCACAGAAUUCUAAUUCAUCAAAUUUUAUGAAUAUGGAACACAGUGAGGCAUUACAACAUUUGGAAAAGGCACUUAGCGUUUGCGAAGCAACUUUAACCGAGACUCAGGGCAUGGUUAGAAUGGAACCAGACGAGCAGUUUACCCAACAGCAAGAUGUCAAGCCGUACUCCAUUAGUAUGGUACCAAGCAGCAAUUGUAAUCCUAGUAGCCCAUUUCCUGCGAUUGAAGGUAAGGAGGAAGGUUAUCAAAGACGACAAAGACGUUCGGAAGAGGAAUUGAAGCAAGCUUCGGAUAUGGUAGCACGUGGUAUGACGUUUCAAGUUGCUUCAGAAAAGUACAAAAUUCCGAUAAGUACGAUUCGAUUCUAUAUGGUUAGGAAAGGUAUAUUGCAAAGGCGAAAACGCGGUCGUGGUUCGAGUAAUCUUGGCAUGAAUAGUCAACCGGGAAGUCCUGCAAGUCCGCCAUAUCAUAUGAUGAACUAUCGUUUGCCAGAAAGCCUAAACUCCAGCCUACCGUAGUGCAGUACGAAAAGUAGCGAGUUUUUAGAUUUGAGUUGAAUCGAACAAAUUUUUUAUUGCCACGUCGGAGCUGUUCCAGGCUAUCAUUCUUCCCAUCUUUAUUGACUCACACUGAGUUAUUCGUUUCUCGUUUAAACAUUUACGACACGCGAUUACGCAUGCUUAGUGCAAGUGCGUUUUCGUCAAACUGCUCGUUAUUCUAUACACAUUUAUUGCAUUUACAGAAGAUAGUAAUUUAAUAGAAAAUAAUUGACAAGAUGUACGUAUCGUACACGAUAGGCACUUUAGUCUUGAACAGCUCGGCUCUGUGUACAUAAGUAUCAUACGAGUUUUCGAACGCAGCAUCGAAAUGAAAAAGAUAUGUUUCAAAAUAUAAUAGAAGAUGAAGAAAUGAUUCGUUUACAUGAGAAUCAUUGUAGAUGUAAUCAUUGAUUAAAAAUAAUCUAUAAUUGGUUGUAGUGAUAGUUUUUUCAUCUCUUAUUUUCUACAAAUUUUAUGAUGUAAAAAUAAGAAAAAAAUACAUCUCGAUACAGCGUUCGAAGAUCGCCUGUACGGUUCAGUUUUGGGCCGUGUUCCGUUCUUCUACUUAGUGACACAUACUCCUUACGUAUAUGGAUAACGUAAGAGGUAUUUUUUUGAGUCCUAUACACUGAUUGCUAUAACAGAUUUACAAAAUACGGUUCAUGGAAAAGUUUGAACGUGUCACUCGAAUCAUAUUUUUACGAUCAAUGGAAAAUCUUUUGAUAAUACGUAUCUAUAGGGUAGGUUCUUUUUUAUUACGUCCUAUUUAUACAUAUACACAUACAUAUAUAUGUAGAUGUGUAUAUAUGCGCGCGCGCAUGUAAUUUUUUGCCUGUUUGUCUAUUUAGUGAAUGUCCAUGUUGUGUCUGUGCCUGUAUGGGUUUAUGCGCGCGUGUAUGUACAUAUGUAAAUGCAUAAAUAUAUAUAUAUGUGUAUAUACUUGAAUAAAAUGUACAUGUACUCUAUUAAGUUGCUUUUUUUGAAUAGUAAAUGCGAUUUAUCUAGAUAUCGAGAUAUUAAGCAUUAAAUUUCGGUUUUUAAAACCAACAAAAUAUAGUAAGUCGUUUACGAAUAUUAUGUUACUUUUAUUUAACACAAAAAUCAAGACAGAAACGGUGGAAUCGAAGCUCGCGAUUUUAAAAAACGUACGAUAUAUUAUACGUAUCACAUGAUCGUAUGCUUCGUCCAUGAACGAAUUAGUCACUAUGUUCAAGACUGGUAACACGUGGCUGAUCCGCAACCACGUCGAAUCUUAUACCGCAAAUCUGGAUCUACUACACAAAUAUUUUUGUAGACACUUUGCGCGUGGAAGGUGUCUUCUUUCUGCCUUUGUAUAUGCGUGUGUUUAUAUAUUUAUAUAUGCAUAUAUAUAUACACAUACAUGUACACACAUAAUAACAUAUAUAAAUACAUACGUAUAUAAAUUACGAGAAUGAAAAUUGUAUCGAUAUAUAUGCAUGAACAUAUAUAUGUCCUGAGAGCAAUAUAUGAACAUGUAUACUUCGAUAGCUAUACAUUCAAUGGCUCGAUGAACCGGUACCCGUUGAAAAAGUUUACAAUUUAGCUUUCGUCACAAGAAAAAAGGACGUUACGGGAAACGAAUGAUCAUGAUGUACGUAGCGUAAUGCUUUUUACAUGCUAAUGUACAAAUGAUAUUUAUAAUCUAUCGUCAAAAUCCAGCAGUUUUCAUACAAGUGAUCGAAUGUAUUGUACGGUCCUUUUAUGAAUACUGGAUCUGCCUUUUCGAAAGAUUAAAAUGAUUAGUACAUACAUUUAAAAUUGUGUAUACACAUGAUCGGCGCGCAUGCAUGUAUAUCUUACAUAUAAUACACGUAUGUGCAUGCGCGCGCGCAUGCACUCUACAUACACAUUCACUCACACAUAUACACAAAAUAUAAUCGUACAGUGUAUUGCCUUUGUUAAAUAGCAUUCGGAUAAAGCCAUAUUUUUCCAUGCAAUGCAAUAAUCCAGCAAAGUAAAUUACCGUAAAACGUGAAAACAGCCUAAAUAGAAGAGUGCCAGAUAUGGGAGAAAAAAAAAAAAGGUUAAAAAAUGAAAAUAAUGAUAUUGACGAUGAUCAUAAUAAUGAUGAUAAUGACGAUGACAAAGAAUGAAGAUGAAAAAGAAGAUGUGAUGAUGAUGAAAGGAAUCUAGAAAAAAAAAGAUGAAGGAAAAAGAAAAAAUGGUGAAAUAGAAAAGUAUUCAAAGUGAAACGCUGUACAGACAAUUUCCUACCAUUCAGAACGUAUCUGCCUUUUAUUCUGGCCUCGUGAUAAAUCCUGACUUUAUUUAUACUUGACAAUAUGCGGAAUACCGUGUAAAAAAAAAAAAAACAACUAAAAAUUAGGUUAGGAAACUUUGUGAACAUUUGGUUACUCGCGGUACGUAGGAAGCCCUAACAUGUAAUCACAUUCGCGUGAAUUCGAGGUGGAAACGGAUUGAAAAAUCUACUUUUUAUAUUAAGGGACCCCUACCUCUGCCUCUCUUUCCCUCUCUACUCCAAUAUUAUGUUCUUUUCGAUCAUUUUGAUUUUUUUUUUAUUAUAGAUAGUUGGAAUUAUAAACUGCAGGAAGAGAGAGGAGAGAGAGAAAGAGAGAGAAAGAGAGAGAAAAUAAUGGUUAGAGGAUGGGAGGAAGGGAGAGAAACGCAUAUUUAAUUCUUAUACUAUACUCGUUUAUCCAUUUUCACUCAAAUAGAUCUAAUUUCGUUUUCUCUUCUUUCCCUAUUUAUCUCUUAUGUUUUUUAUAUAUAUAUAUACAUAUAUAUAUAUCUAUAUAUAUAUUUUUUUUCGAUGAGAUUUGAUUUAAUCUGAUCUUUAUCGAAAAGGAAAAGUAAAAAAAAAGAUAUAAACUGCACCGUAUGUUACGAUUAAAAUCGGAUGUUGAAAUAAAAAAUAAAUAACGGGGUAGUUUUUUAUCGAAGUGCAUAGUAUCGUUGCUCGAGAUUUCGUAUCGCGCGAAUCAUCGUUCAAAGAGUUCCAGUUGACAAAGGUUUUAUACAGAUCUAUUAAAAACCAGUAUUUCAAACCAAUGAAGAAUAAUUAGUUUUCUAAUAAUAACGAUACAAUUUACGUAAAUUUAGUACAGUGCUUAAGUCAGUAAUGCUCAGCGUAUCUAACAAAUAUUUUUAGUGGAAAGCCAUGUCAUACUCACAUGUAUUAUAAUGCCCUUAAACUAUAUAAACUAAACAACAAUCAAAGAAGCGUGAACGAUACUUGACUAUUAUUAUAAUUAUUAUAAUUAUGAUUAUUAUUAUUAUGAUGAUUAUUAUUAUUACUAUUAUUAUUAUUAUUGUAGCUGUUUCCCUAGGAAUAUGUAGAUCGUAGCCACUUCGAGGCAAUUUACGUAAUUAGAUUAUCGCUUCGAAAUACACUUUUAUAUGGCGGUAUUAUUAUUUGUAGAUAGAAUUUGCGAUUAUACUUAUUACAAUGAUCAAUCGAUUGCUACAUUAAGGUUUGUUUUUACAGUUACCGAGAUCAAUGUCCUACGAAUAGUGGGAAUACGAUCGAUCGGUCUUCUCGUUGAUCCUAUUAUGUAGCUACUAUUUUGUCUUUUUUUAAAAAUAUUUUUUUUUUUUUGUUAAUUCGUACGUGUGUAUUAUACAUAUAUUUAUAUGUAUAUAUAUACAUAUGUAUGUAUACAUAUACAUAUAUAUUUUUUUUAUUAUAUAUUCUUCUGUUAAAAGUGAAGUAUUUGAAUAUUCAAAAUGUGGAUGAUUGGAAUAAAGAGUGAGUGAGAUGAUGAAGUAAAAAGGGAGAUGCAUAAUUGUCGCAAUCUUGUCGAACUCGAUUUGAACGAUGAAUAUUUUAUUGAGCAAAAACAAAAAUUAGUCCAACGCGUAAAAUCUCUCGGUCGAUCUUCCCGUCCCGAAGUAAUAAACAGACCGAUCGAUCGAUUCCUUGCUCGAAUUACAAUCGUGAAGAACGUUCUAUAGAUAUUUUUCGAAGGGAAAAAAAAAAAAGAAAAAAAGAAAACACAAACCUCUAAAAAGUCCAAUUUUCUAAACGUAGGUUCCUUAAGAGUAACAAAUUUAGCGUAACCGUUAAGAAAGCGUUGGCAUGUAUACGUUGGUCAAGGUGCCGUCGUAUCGAGCUAUGAGAUAGACUCUCUCUCUCUUUCUCUCUCUCUCUGAAUGUUUGUUAUUUAGAAAACACGAAUGAAAUACGAUCGAGCGACGGCAUUGCACGACAAUGUGACCUAUGUGUCCGAAUGAACACAACGUUUAAAACGAAUACACGGAUUAGUGGCAAAUAUAUGAUCGUGCAAAAGAUGAUGCGCUGUUCAAGUUUGAAACAAAGUGCGUUGCGCCCGUCGCUCGGAUAUUACAUCGUGAAAGAGAGAGAAAAAAAUCGAAUUAAUGAGAGAAAACGAGAAAAAAGAAGGAGAGAAAAAAA